UUUAGGAAUUUCACCGUGAUUGCUAAACUAGUACAGCCUGACUUUCGCCAGCAGCUACGGCAUCGUGGUCACCCACGACAACAUCGAUUCAACAUGCUGCACCUAUCAUGACUCAAUUGCGCUUCCAGAUCACUGCUCGCGUUAAAGUUGUAGCGGGCACGUUUCGAGAUUUUCCUUCAGACAGAUCAUUCGCGCGACCGCCACAUGCGGAGACGUUCGCGCUGCGCUUGUACAAUGUCAUCUCCAUGCGCGCGAGUGCAGCCGAGUCUAGCAAUUACAGCUGCAUUCCAACGCAUAUCGUCAACAAGUCUUUUCAGUCAAUUGCAAGCCAAGACGAGAUCUCUUAUAGAUCAAGAAAGCAUAUCAGUAUGUCGCAACGGCAUCAUGUCAGUAAUUUAGAGCCGAUGUCCGCAUGCAAAGGUGCUCAGACAAGCUUGGACGCCAUAGCGCGCACCGACAUGUCAUCAAUCGAUCUAUUGGGAAAUCUUACGCAUGGUGCCAAUCCACAGUCGAGAUCUCUCUCCAUGCAAGGGACCUCCUUCGAUGGACUUUGGCGUAUCUAUGACACACCCAUGCGAGCACUGACACGGCCUGCUCGCAGGACGCAGCCCUUGCUGUCAAAGUCGCCGUUCGCGGUGUGACUGCGUCAAGUCCAGAAGCUUCUUUCUCCGGAAGCGGCGAAUUUCGCUUCCCUGGACCAAUCAAGGCUGCCUCCAUAGAUCUGGAGUUGGCAGUUGGCAGCUCGCUCUUUGUGUCAAUCUCGAAAAUUUGGCGUCAGACAGACUCAGACUCCGCUUUCAGGCCUCCAUCGUCUAUGGUGUACUA